GGCUUCGUGAUCGUAGCGGAUAGUGGCAAUAACCGCGUGCAAAUAUUCUAUCCGAAUGGCCGUUUCAUGCACUGUUUCGGUACGUGGGGCGUUGGUGCAGGUCAACUGAAAGGCCUUGAGGAUAUCGCCUUACUCGACCAUACAAUCGUUGUGUCGGAUCGUGAAAAUCAUCGAAUUCAAUUGUUUUGA